CACAAUUGAAUGGGAAAUGGCAAGCAAUUGUCUUAAUGCUCUAAAGGCAAUUUUUGUUUUGCCUUUUACUGCAGGUCUUGUGAAGAAAAGACGGACUAUAGGAUUUUCCUCACAUGACGGCAGCAUUUCUGUAUGUGUGCUUUUAACAACAACAAUUGCAAUAAUUAUAGAAUUAAUGAAUAAUUACAUACAUCAUGAUUUCCCACUGCGAAUCUUGCUUAUUGUACUGUUAUGCAUUGGAAUAUUAACUUUGAUAUUAUGCUCAUUUAUUUUAUCAUUAUGUAGAACAUGGCGUUUAGAAAAAGAAGUAAAGGUUAGCAACCGACUUAAAUUAUUUUUCUUGUGGAUGUUUUGUUGUGGAAAUAUUAUUUAUCAGGUGGUUGAUCUGAUAACGGAAUUUGAAUGCGGCGUUUCAUCUGAGUUGUUGCUAUUAUCUGUAUAUUACAUUCUAAUAUGGGUUUUCACUAUUGGACAAACAAUUUUCAUACAGUAUUUUUCAAAAUAUCGAUUUGCAAAUAAAAUAGUUUUAUACUAUGGAAUACUAAUGAUUUUCUUGACAAAUAUUUCAUUAUGGAUGAGUAGAAAUAUUGACAUGUUUUACGAAGAUGUAACAAAACUGAGAAACGAAACCGAUCUUUUCUGUGGCAACAGUACCGUUUUCAUUUCUAAUGAAGCCAGAUAUAUUUUUAACUCCUUUCUUGAUCCUGUUUUGUUGGAAUAUUGUUUGCUUAGCCUGAUUUGUUUAUCAGAAUUUUGGCCAAAACAAAUGCCACAUAACACCGACAAUGGCAUAAACGAAUGCGUAGUAUUCCCUGAAGAAGUUGGAGAACGCGAAUUGUUGCUACCUGAUGACACUUUAAAUGGUAGGACACCUUGGAAUCUACAAUCCGUAACUAUAGUCAUAAUAGGAUCGCUAUGUACACUUAUUUCAAGUGUUGUUAUUGCUUUUUACAUGUUUUCAGAAAUUGGGAAAAAACUACCGUUGGGAAUUCACUAUGUUUUCACAGGCGUAGCAUUUCUUCGACUUAUUCUUAUUUUUAUUUGUUUUUAUUCUCUAUCUGGGCAAUUGAAACCAAGAGUAAAGAAUCGAAAACUUAUGAACAUGCAUCAUUUUAUUAUUUUGACAAGUUCUGUUGCCACAUGUGCCUACUAUGCCGUACAACGAACCGUUGUCUUUUCCACUGUGAGGUCAAUUGCAACUGUGCUUCAGACAAUAUUUAUAUUGCAGAAGAAACAUUAUCGAAAGGUAAAUUUAACGAACAAUUUCUUUUCAAUUCAAAACGUGUUUCUAAUCUUGUCAAUCAAAAAUUUGGCAAUAUGGAUCUUCUAUACGUUUGCGUACGGUCACAAGUAUAUCAACAUGUUAUACACACCAAGCACCUUUGACGUUGUUACAUGGAUUAAGUAUAAUCAUUUCUGGGUUCCGUUUGUAAUGUUUUAUCAUUUUGAAUGCUUUAUAUUAUUCUAUAGUUUCUUUGUAGAAUAAUAUCGGAAUAAGAAUAAAUUUGACAAGACGUAUAACGAAUAAUUUCCAUGCAUUCAUUUCCCUUAAUAUAAUUCGUAGUAUAAAAUUUAAGUAUGAAACAGUUCUUCGCAUUAUUCUAAUUUUAUAAUUUUAACUUCCCUCACUGCAAUUGAAACUAAGAAUAAAGGAUCGCAAAUUUGUGAAUAUGUACCACUUUAUCAUAGUAAGGUUUUGGCUUCAAGGAACACUGAAGAAACUUAAAUGUCGAGUUUUGCUUCUGGUGUAGUAAAAUUUGUAUUGUUAAUGAUAUCUUU